GUCAUGCGUGAUGGGGAGGAAGCUGAGGAAGAUGCCCGCAAAGUUGAAACUCGUGAUGACACAAAAGAGAAUGAUGCUGAUGCUGACAGCAAUCUGUCCGCUAAAAUGGGCAAAGUUGAGAAGCCAGACAAGCAGUCAAAAGCAAACACAGAUAAUGCUUUGAAAAAGGGCAAAUUAGAAAAGUCUAGUCCACAAAAAAAGAAGGAAGUUAUAAAGAAUGAUGUUCCAGAAAAGAUCCAAACCUUAGAGUCUAGCAAAGGAGGACGCCAUGUGAAUGCUCCUCUGGUUACACCCGAUGAACCUGAAGUCGUCGUUCGCGAACCAUCGCCUCCUCGCAGACCUGUAAACUGUGUAGUUCACGUAAUGAACCUUGUUCGACCUUUCACUUUGGGUCAGCUUAAGCAGCUGCUUGGCCGUACAGGGAAAAUAGUGGAAUCAGGCUUUUGGAUUAAUAGUAUCAAGUCACACUGCUAUGUUACAUAUGAGAAGGAAGAGGACGCCGUGAAGACUCGAGAGGCUCUUCAUGGAGCACGAUGGCCCCAGUCUAACCCCAAGUUGCUACGCGUUGACUUUGCCACACCAGAGGAGAUUGAACGAAGGCGUGCAGAAGAAGAGGGAGGGCCUGUCCCUCCACGCCCUCAGCCACCGCCGCCGCCCCAACCACCUUCACCCCCUGUCGUUCGUGAACGAGAACGAGAGCGCGAGAAGCGCCCUGUUGCUGAACCCGAAAGAAAGAGGGAGGAGAAACCAGUUCGUGAGUGGGACAGGGGCAAGAGGUCAAGGUCAUCUGAACGGGGACCUGCAGCUAGGCCCAGAUCUAGGUCACGAGACCGACCUCGUGAAAAGGAGCGGGAACGAGAGAAAGAACACAGACAUCCCGAGCAAACAAAGAGCAGAGAGCGAAAAGAGAAGAAAGCACCCCCAGUGGAGCAGCCCAAGGUAGAGGAGGAACCACCUGCGAAACUUCUGGAUGAUUUGUUUCGUAAGACAAAGGCCACUCCCUGUAUCUACUGGUUACCACUUACAGAGGAGCAGUAUCUGCAGAAAAUGCAAGCCAAGAAAGAGCGAGCAGUCCAGAGACAGAAGCGCAUGGAGCAAGAGGAAGCAGAGGAGGAAGCAGCUAGGAAAAAGACCGUUGAACAGCGUCGGAGGGAAAUUCCUCCAAGCCCAAGUAGGGAACGAGCUGAAAGAGACAGGCAACGAGAACGGGAAAAUGAGCUUAUCCGACAGCGAGAGCGUCAAAAAGAAAGAGAGCGUAGCCGAGACAAUGGCCGUGAGAGGCGGCGGCCUGGACCAGGAAACGAUAGUCGAGAAAGGGGAGGUAACCAAGAAAGGAGUUCCUCUCGAGGCCAUGAUCGCAGACGGCGAUAGAACUGUUAAGACUCUAUUCCCCAAAACUUCUAUGGUAGUUCAUUUAAGCCAAGUUUUCCUUUUCUCUAGCAUCCUGUAUUUUGGUCUUUGCUCAAAAAUAACAUUUGUUUUAUAAUUAGGUAACUGUCCCCUUAUUCUCCCCAUUUACAUGGAUACGUGUAUUCGUGAGCAUGUUUGUGUUCAUGGAGUUGUGUAAAAUGAGGAUAGUCACGGUCAAUAGUAAUUUAUAGCAAAUUAUUAUGGUUCUAGACUAAAACUUAAAGGGUUUUGUCAUGAAUCUAGUUGAAACAUGCAAGAAGUUAACAAGGGCAGCAUUUCUGAUUUCUAGAAAUUCAUCAUUUUUGCUUUCACAAGGAUGAGGUUUUUUGUUUUUUUGUAAGAAUUUUUUUAGAUUUUAGUGUCCAGAUUCAUGCAAUACUUUAUUAACCAAUCAAUUUAAAACUUUGUUGUAAGGGAGCGUCUAGUAAUACCUACAUGAUUCUUUUAAGACUUGUUGAAUUUUCCCCUCACCCUAAAAAAUAGAUUGCAUUUUAUGACCAGUACCAUAGAAAACUAAAAAUGAAUGUAUGGGAGGUGUGUGUGACACUUUUGCACAGAAUCAGCUUCUUCAGUCUUAACAUUUAUCAAUGUUAACUGCCCUGCUCGUUGGGCAUGCAGAAAGUUGUAUUUGAGAUUGAAUAUUUUGUUUUUACUUGUGUAAAUAAAAUUUGAAAGACCAUCA